UGCAGCGCAUGGCAUCAAUGCACCCGUCGACCGCCGAUGUACCGUGUUCGCUUUGAGUUUGACUUCAAAGUUGAAGUUGAAAGUUGGAGUUCAGUCUAUAAAAAGCAAAUGAAAGACUUACAGGAUGUGUCAGCCAAGUAGAGCCAACACACUCCACAUGUAGAAGAAGCUGCCUUUGUUAAUAAUCCAUAAACAUCAAGUGGCAGUGUUCAAAGGAAAGUUACAUCAUUAACAGAACUCAAGGGAGCCAUCAUGGAUCUGAAAUAGUCCAAUUCAAGGAGUUUGACGCAAGCAAUUAUGGCAAGGACCCAUUAGUAGUCAUCAACGGCUUCUCUCAGGCCUGCGCUAAGGUUGAAAACAGUCCACCAUGAGAUGAGGAGUGAAGCCUGUAAGCAAGAAGUGAGCAUCAGUGGCUGAUGAGCAACCCUUGUUGCGGGACACUGACCAAGAUGAAGAGUGUACAACUGAGUGCAGACUUACCACCAGCCGACUCGCACAUAAUGUUGACCUACAACAGUCUCCCAGCCAGGCCACACCGAGCCAUGCCCAGGAACAAGACAGGAAUUUAUUUGGGCAGUGAUGCUCCUCCAAAUUCUCCACGUACAUACCACUCAGUCCCACCUUUGGCCAAGCCACGUGGUACAUUAUUCAGGCCACGUACACCCACCGAUAAUAAAAGAAGACGGGCUUACACAGUACCAGGGCAGGCAGACCUAGAGCAGGGAGAAUCACACCUUUUACCGCAGGUUAGCGUCAAGCCAGUGCUGUUGACUGACGAUCCUGAUUGUCUUUCCACCUCCCUCCUUUACAUCUACAACCACCCCUGUCCUGCCCCCAUGGCCCUUCCUUACACUCCUCCCAUGAUCCUACGCUUGCCCAUCCUUCGUCCCAAACAGCAGCAGCGAGUAGAGGCCCUCCGGAUCCGAGAAGAGCCACGAGGAUUCCAUCCCCAACCAGUCAGGAAAGCCAAACCCAAAGUCAAGCAGGAUGAGACCCAGUCACUGCCAGGCAACACAAACAAUGACCAGGCACCGGUUUUAAGGAAGUCGGCCAGGAAUUUUGUAGCGGCAGCCAACAGCGGGGUGACCCACCUGGAAGACCUGGGCCUAGAGGAGCUGAGUUUGCGCUCUGUCAGCACAGGUAGAGAGUCCAGUAUUCCACCUUCUAUCAUUGAAGAUAUCCAGAAUACCAACAAGAGAAUGGUGGGCCUGCAGGAAUGCUACAGUAAAAUCUGCAAGGGUAAUUUGUCCAGUUUACAGAGUCUUCUGCCAGCUAGGAAAACUACAGGUGGAAGAACAAAGACCAUAGCAACACCAUUAACAAUCAGGAGUUUCAGAAAUCCACGCAGCCCACAUUCAGUGGUGCAGUACAGUGACCUGAGACACAAAUCAAUGGGUAUUGGUACAUCCACCAAGCCCCUCGUACCUGCCCCAUACUACUAUAGCAGCAAAGGCUUGCCCAACACAACCGAUGAUGGAGGCAGUAAAGUUAGGCUGACUCGCUUGCCUGUUGGCUUUUUGUCAGUCUCUGUGUCUGACCGUAAGGUAGCAGCCUCCAGCCGAAGCACAGAGAGAGUCUUAGCUGCCCCUGGGGUGGGAGCAAUCAGUCAGUCUGCAUUGAAUAGACAGGCAGCCAGUCUACCUUCUGACCCACCCCAGGGUAUUGAAGGAAUCCCCCCACCGAGCCGGAGUAGUAACACCAAGUUUAUGGACUCGGAGGACCACUAUGCACACAAGGACGGCUUCAGAGUGCCAAGUGGUACCCCUGCAGUCUCUGCAACAGACCUACACAAGAUUGGCAGUUCAUCAAGUGUCAAUGAACACCAAAAUGAUGGACAAAAAGCCUCAUUACCAAAAGACCCCCGUCAUAGUUCUGAGGUACAGCCUGCCGCUCCCCCAGUGAGCCCAGCAAGCACCCGCAAGCUCCGCACCCAUGUACCAGUCAACCAGAACAACUCCCACAGUAUUCCCACGGGCCUGACCAAUGGCGGCUCCAUCAGUGAGUCAGCCAGCGACGUGGAGGAUCCCAGACCUGAUCUCUGCAGUGCUAAGAGCGAGGGAUCCAGCAGGAGCAGCACCAUUACCCAGGGGGAUAGGGUCCUUCCAUCAGCUGUAGCCAUUGUGGUGUCGGUGCAGGAUGACAGUGGGGAGAGCCACGUGGUGGAUCUGGAGGAGGAACUGGAAACAGAGUAUGAAGGUGAUAGCAAAGAUGCAGUACCCCACGGAGACUCUGAGCAGCUGAUUCAUGAGUGGCAAGAGGCUUCAGAGAAGAAGCAGGCAGAGUUCCAGAGGCUCCUGGAGGAACACCAAGAGAUUGUCUCUCGCAUUGAGGAGCUGGAGAAGGUAAAGGAACAGGGAGGAGGCGACAUCCCCCAGGGUGAGGUAGAGGAGGAGGGGUAAGCAGUGCACCCUCCUCAGAGAACCCUAUGGCUGUUUCACACUAUCGUCUUGCCUACCCAUGUAGAAAUCAACACGGGUCUACUGUAAGCAGGACCAGGUACAAUUGAACAUUGGUUGAAAUGAUAUACCGUUCACACUUACACCAGUUUGUACACAGGUCAGCCAUAGAAUUGGAGCCUCUCAAACCCUUGUCCCGUGAUGAACUAUACCCAUAUAGAGUGCCAGACCCGUGUACAAGCUUUGUUGGGUUUUUGCUCGUUUGAAAGGGGUUCCUGAAAUCUCAUGGUUCGGCCCCAAUCCAACCCAGAUAUUUUGGAUAGUGUGAAAGGACCUAUAGUCAUGGACCAACAGAUGGGUACUCCAAUGAGAGGUUUUUUAGGGGUAGAUAAAAGAUGCACAUCGAAACUCCACAAUUUUGAUUUUUCUAUUGGUAUCUGAAAUCUUUAAUUUUAAAAUUGGUCACAAAUUGACCAAGACUUAAUGUGUUGGGGGGGGGGGGGUUAACUGAUUCCUCAUUGAUGUUGACGUUGAAUUUAGUCUUGGCCCAGUUGACUGUAGCUCCACUUCCUUUGUAGAUAGUUUGGAGACACCCUCCAUUUUGGUGGAAAUAUACCGCCCCAGUGCUUAGUCACACAUUCCUCAUGGGACUUUCCCUUGGCAGACAAUAAAAUGACAACAGGAAGCUGGAUUUGGAACUGAUUAUUCUGAACUUGUCUCAAUAGAACCAUCAGCAUGUAACGAUUAGAAACAGUCAGUAUAUUGCUGGACACUAAUCAUGUGUAAUCAUGUAGCAUACCUUGCUGGGGCCAACGCUCCUCCACUGUGUUAAUGUUGCAGCCUCUCUUACGCCUCCCCUGUAGUCAAUUGUUGCACAAGCCACACAUACAGUGUGGAGGCUUCACUUCCCCUUUCCGGCAUUGGGGCUCUACGGCGGCCCGUCCAAUCUGUAAGCCCCACCGGUUGCUAUACCACUUGAGGCAGGGCUCCUGUUGCUGCUGUCCUUGAUCUACACAUCCAGUGUAGGCGCUAGUAUGCCUCCUAGUGCUCCACUUCCAGUAGCCUCCCUGGAUUAUGUAUUGGCCCAGCUUAGCUACACCACACUAACAGCACAUACUAUGCACUUGCACUUACAUGCACUUACCAAUUCAAGCACUGACCGUUACCAUAUACCAUUCCUGCUGAUACUCUUGUACCAGUGCUGAGCUGUGCACGUCCUUUUUUGAUGACUCGCCGAUCACAAAUUUAGUUACAAUAUUCCGGGCAUUAUGUAUGAACAUGCCCCUUUAAACCCUCUUUUCUUUUGCAUAAAAAAGAAAAGUAGUAGGAAUCUGGGCCAAGAAAAUAGAAUACACAGUCACCAUACUUGGAUCAAAUUUCAUAUGUUUUCAAUUGAAAUUAUGGUAGGAAUGGUGCAGGCAGCAUACCAAUCAAAAGUUUCGAAACAAAAGGAUUAUGUGGAAACCUUAUAUUGAAUUGAAUAUUUAUUGAGGUAUAUCAGUAUUUGGUACACCCUUGUUUCCUGAAGGCUUAAUGGCUAGAUGUUCUUUGGGCAGCUGUCCUGUGUUCUUCAGAAAAUACUUUGAACAUAAUAAUAGGGUUUUUAAGUGCCUCUAAUGACGUAGUUCUGCCUGCAAUGAACCUUCAGUCAAAAGUCUGAACAAAGAAUGAGUACCCACAAAAAGUCAACUAAACAUUGUCUUGCUUAAUUAUGUUUACUUGUAAUGAUUGUGUUUGUCUACCUCUAAUAUGGAUAUUCAUGAUGCUUGUUAACAGUUUGUCUUAAAUACAAAAUCUUAUUUGUUGCUGUAAAGGUUGUACAUAACACUUUUGGCUUAUUCAAAUUUUUUACUAAUUUUUCUGAUGGAUAUUUGUCAUAAAUCAAUACAGGCUGAAAUAAGAUUCCAUUUCCUCCACAAAGCGUUUUAGUUUUUGAUAUAUUACUACAAUGCAAAUUAUUCUGAUGAGGUAUAGCCAGGUUCAUGAAUAAACAGUAUUUAGAUUUAGUAAACCUAGUUUUAUUGUUACAAGUCAGUUAUUUGUAAUAUCACAGUAUUUUCCAACGGUAAACCCACAAAAUCUCUCAAAUCUUGCAGACCUUAAAGUUUGAGGCAGAGUUAGAUGGCAGUGGUUUUGUAUCUCGUGGGAAAAGCAUGAUGGAACCAUUGAAAGAACACCCACUGAGGUACCUGGAACACAUAAGGGCUAUUGGGAAGGAAUGUUGGGAAUAAUACUUGCCCAAUUUCAGAUAUUCCAAAUGAAUGGACCAAUUCUGCACACAAAAUUACAAGCUAUUUUUUAGGUGGAACCACAUCCACACGCAUGCUGCGGGCAUUCUUAAGGAUGAGGCGCGCACAUUUUGUGAACCCUAUUGGUCUUACAAAUGUAGGAGCCCGGAGUGUGUGCUACUACAUGAUUGCAAGCCUGGUUCCAUCUCAAGAAUAGCUUGUAAUUUUGUUUGCCAAAUUAGUCUGUAGGCACUAAUGUGCAGGCAGGUCCAUCACCCCAGACAAUGAUGAGAUUUCAGACAUUGUUGUGAGAACAAUGUACCUGACACAGUUUCUAGUUAAUCUUUUUUUUUUUUUUUUCUUUUUGGUUUUAAAUGUUCAGGUGUACACCUGGAGAUUUUUAUGCUUUCAUAUACUUUUCAUUUUUUGUUGGAAUUAAAGAUUUUUUUUCACCGUUCAGGCAUGAGAUUUUCCAGACUUUUAUCUGAAAUCCGACUUUUUGAAUCUGAGAGAAUGACAUUUUUAGUAUAGAAAGAUACGCAUCUUGCAGACAUUUUAUCAAGUUUCAGACUUUUUUCAAAAUUGACAAUCUCAUCCCUGCCCGUUAAAAACCUUUAAAUGAGUUAAACUGACAACUCGCCGUAUAUAUCAAUUUGGAUAUUCAUAUUUUUGUCAUUUCUUGUUGCCUUACUUGAUUCUUGUGCCUAAGAAUUUGCAUGCAACUGCCGUCCAGUUGAACAAAGCUGUCAUUCAUAUAUUUUUGAGUGGAAUUUAAUGUUUGUGCAUUAUUAUAUGUCAUUGUAAAUACAUGUACCUUACAUGCUUAUGUUUUAUUUGAAUCAAAACAAUUAUUUGAUGAGUGAAAAUUGUCUAAAGCCGUCCAUAUUCACAUUGGAAGUAAUGAUAGUCAAGGUGUUGGUAUCCAUUGAAUGGGCACCAGUCUUUAUUUUGUUUGUUACUUUGCUAAUUUGUUGAUGAUAAGAGUUUAUAUGUUCAUUGUUAAGAUGAUGUGAACCACAGUUGAAUAUUGAUUGGGAUUGCCAGUAAUCAGUAGCAUUGUGUAAUAAGUGUCCAAAUAUUCUUCUAAUGAUACAUAUUCAACUUGCAUUGCAUAAAUUACAUCUUGCCCUUUUGAUAAUGAAAUUUUAAAUUGUGAUUUAUUAUUAUCUAUGCAUUCAAGUUCUACAUACAUAUGUACACAUAAGAACAACUGUUUUUUGUACCUGUACAAUUAUGCGUACUUUUAGCAGAAGAGCAGAUUGUUUGAUGUCUAUUAGUGUACAGUACACCAUAUGUACAUUCUUGCUUAGUGAUAGUUCUGUAAAGUUAUGUUUAGAGCACUUGAAUAAUUAAAACAGAUUCUCACAUUCCCAAA